AUGACGCAGCCCAUUAACCUGAUAUUCAGGUUCUUGCAGAGCAGACAGAGAAUAUCGAUCUGGCUGUUCGAGCAGGCGGACAUGCGAAUUGAGGGCAAAAUCAUUGGUUUCGAUGAAUACAUGAACCUGGUGUUGGACGAGGCUGAGGAGGUCUCCGUGAAGAGGAAGUCAAGAAAAGCACUAGGUGUGUUGGCUUUGAACCCCUGCUGCAACAAGAAUGGAGUUCUGGCAAGCAAGGGCCGUACGCCUCUCCUGAGCUUUUAUAUGAGGCUGCUUCCCAUGCAGUGA